AUGCUGUUGCGCGUGGGUAUGGGGCAGCAUCUCCACGGGAGUCCACAGGAGGGCCUCCCCAGCAGUUUGGAGCAGGUGAAGUUCGCCGCGGCGAUGUUGGAGGUGGAAGAGAUGUUGGGGGUGGACAUGCGGCGCGGGGUCUCGGGGCAGCUCUGGCUUUUGGGGUCGAACUCGGCUCUCAGUGGAGUCUUGCGCCAGAACCUCGUCAGCGCUGAUCAGAGGCGCGCCAUGAAUCGUAAGCGUGCUUCGAGACUGGGGUUAUCGAGUGCUGGCGACCUGGGCUACGGGAGUGAGUUGGGGUAA